UGAUCUGCUGCAGUUUAUUUACUGAAAUCUGAUUUUUAAUGAAUUUAAACUGAAUUAAAGAUCAGAAGGAGGAGAUGGGGGUCUCUACAGCAGUGUGUGUUCUUCUACUGAACGCAGUAUUCAUCUCUACACUCGCAGAGAAACACUCCCUGUUCUACAUUUACAGCGCCCUCAACAAAGACGUGUUUCUACCAGGAAUCUACCAGUUCACAGCUCUGGGGCUGCUGGAUGGCCGAGAGAUCGACUACUACAACAGUAAGGAGCAGAAGAAGAUUCCUAAACAGAGCUGGAUGAUGGAGAAGAUGCAGGAAGAUUACUGGGAAAAAGGAACCCAGUCUCGCAAGAGUAAAGAACAGUGGUUCAAGGUCAACGUGGAUAUUCUGAUGAAGAGGAUGAACCACAAUAACCAGGAUCUUCAUGUUCUUCAGUGGCGACACGGCUGUGAGAUUGAUGAGUCCAAUGGAGUGGUGAAGUUUCUGAGAGGGAUUAGUGAGUACGGUUAUGAUGGAUCAGAUUUUCUCUACUUUGAUAAUUCGCACAGGGUCUGGGUCGCUUCGGUUCCAGCUGCAGAACCAACCAAGAGAAAAUGGGAUGGUGUUUCCAUCCAGAACCAGUACACCCAGGGCUACCUGGAGAAAGAGUGUGUGGACUGGCUCACCAAAUUCAUGGAGUACGGAAAAGAAACACUACGAAAACACUAUCCUGAUGUUCAUGUGUUCACAAAGAAAUCAGUUCAUGACCCAAAAAGGCUGACUCUGACCUGCCUGACCACGGGAUUCUACCCUAAAGACGUGGAUCUGAGUCUGAGGAAAUUCAGCAUUUCAAUUCCUGAUCACCUGAUCACAUCUUCAGGAAUCAGACCCAAUGAUGAUGGAACCUACCAGCUGAGGAAGAGUGUGGAGAUCAGUGGUGAUGAUCCGGGAGAUUACGACUGUUACGUUUCUCACAGCUACCUCAAGAAACCAGUGAUGAAGAAAGGGGGUAAAUAUAACUGUGAUUGGUGA